AUGGCCGAGGUCAGGGAGGAGCCCCCAGCGCCCCGGGCCGUGCGGGUGUGCCGCAUCUGCGUGGAUUUCCUGCAGAGCCCCGCUGCCGCCGUGGAGCCCUGCGGACACGUGUUCUGCCACGCCUGCAUCCAGCCCCAGGCCGGGCCCGACGCCGCCGCCACCUGCCCGACCUGCCAAGGGCCCAUCGGGGGCAUCCGCGUGCUGCAGGCCCAGGAGAGCCGCGCCGGGCUGGCCCCGCGCCGGCCCCGCCGCCGCCUCCAUCCCUUCGUGGGCACGACAGGACCCGGCUCCCUGGAGCAGCCAGCUCAGCCCCCUGCGGCAGGAGGAGGCCGGGCAGGGAUGGAGCCCGGCAGGUCGGUGCCGGCCGAGCUGAAGCUCCGCAAGCCCUCGCAGCGGGCCAGGAUCCCGGCGCCCUUCCUCGCACACUCGGACGGGGCGCCCGGGCCGGCGGGGCCCCCCAGGCCGGACCCCGCGGAGGUGGACGCGGAAUCGCUGGUGCCCACGCACGAUGAGCGGGGCCGGCUCAUCCCCGAGUGGAAGCGGCAGGUGAUGGUGCGGCGGCUGCGGGCCCGGCUGGCGGACGAGGAGCCGGCGGGAGGGCAGGUACGAGGGGCACGGGGAGCACCGGGGGAGCGGGCUGCCUGGAGCUUCUCGCCGUCCCACCAAGGCGUGCUGGGCCCGUUCGGGGAGCUGCUGACCGAGACGGACCUGUAUCAGUUGGAGAGGGCAGUGGAGAGCCUGCGGCUGCGGCGGCGCGGCGAGGUGUACCAGAGCGAGCUGCGGCGCCUGGUGCGGGAGCUGCGCGCCCUCCUGCCCGCCCCGCUGCUCAACAUCUCCGUGCGCAGCCCCCCGCCCGCUCCGGGCCAGCCCCUGCCCGUCUGGUGCGGCCGCCUGGCCGUCGCCGUCAACAGCCUGGCCGCGCUGCUGGGCAACAUGGAGGGGCUGCCGGCUCCCCGCGCCGCCGCGGCCGUGCCCGCCGCUCCCUGCGCUCUCCCCGCGGCCGCCGGGCAUCCCCGGGAGCCGGGGGGCAGCCUGGCGCAGCGGGAGAUCCGGCAGUGCGGGGUUUGCGUCCGCAGCCUGCGCGGCGCCUUCGAGCCCGCCUGGGGCGCCGCGGGCAGCGCUCCGGCCGGGCCCCGCGAGGCGGAGGCCGCCAGCGACUCGGGCAUCAGCUGCGAGGAGGCCUUUUCCGACGGCGGCUCCCCGCGGCAGGGGAAGCGGCAGGGGCCGGAGUGGGGCAGCUUGAGGAAGGAACGGAUCGUGAUGCUCUUCCUGAGCCACUGGAGACGCUCCGCGUACGCGCCCUUACGGCCCGCCGGGGACCCUCGGGAGACACGAGCGGCCAUCCAGAAGCUGCUGAACGGCUGGAGGGACGCCGCCUCCCGCCGGCCCCCGCCGCCGCCCCCCGCCCGCACCCUGCUCUCCCCGGAGCAGUUCGUGUCGGCGGCGGGCGGCGGCCCGGCCGAGUACGAGAGCCUGUCGCUGGAGCUGUUCAUGCUGGGCUAUUUCCGCAUCUUGGAGCAGGACCUGUCCCCCGAGGAGCGCCGAGGCCGCCACCUGCUCUGUUUCGAGGUGUUCGAGCAGCUGGGCCGGCACGGCUGGCGGGCGGUGCGCGCCUUCCACCGCGCCGUCAUCGACGAGAUCGCGGCCGGGCGGCGCGGCUGGCGCGACGGCUUCGACGACAUCAAGGCUCGGUACUUCGGGACUCCGCACGGCCCGGGCCAGCUGCCGGGGCUGCCCGGCGACGAGGGGGACGAGAUUUGUCGCUACAUCGAUCGCAGCUUCGCCUUUUGGAAGGAGAAGGAGGCCGAGAUCUUCAGCCUGGAGGAGUGA